AUGGAGGUCCCCUGUGAGAUGCAGCCCCCGGCGAAGAAGGCGGUCGUGCUCGCGUCGCUCGACGGCCGGGCGCUGAAGCUGCAGGUCGGCGCGAAGACGACGGCCCGCAAGGCUCUCGAGGCCUACAACAAGGCGUCGCCCGUGCCGGCCACGGGCCUCGAGCGCAAGGGCGGCGCGCCGCUGCGCCUCGACGCGCCCCUGGGUCCCCAGGUCGCCGAGGGCGAGGUCGUCGUCGUCGUCGGCGGCGCCGCGCCGGCGCCCGCGCCCGCGCCGGCGCCCGCGGCCGCGCCGGCGCCGGCCGUCCGCCGCCGGCGCCUCGCGCCGGAGCCCGCGGCGCCGCCGCCGGAUCCGCAGCUCGCGGAGCUCCUGCGCGUCGCGGGCCCGGAGACCAUCGCCGCGCGGUGCACGCCGCGGGCGCUGGCGCGCGCGGCGUUCCUCGAGUCGACGGACGACGACUUCGGGCGCGUGAGGGCGGCGCUGCGGGCGCGGGGCUUCGCGUGCAACGAGGAGCUCUGCGAGCAGCGCCUGUCGCUGCUGCUCCCGCGGAGCGCGCGGUUACUGACCAUCGGCGCCGGCUUCGGCGCGACGUGCAUGGUCGCCGACGCGCUCCUCGACGACCCGACGCGCCAGGUCGUCGUCGAUCCGGGAAGCCGAUUCCAGGGCAGCACAAGAGAGCGAAAUUCCCAACUUCAAAGGCUCCGAUCUCGGCCAUUUUCCACUCGCCGAUUCUUCCCCGAGUACCACCUCGCGGCGCGGCUGGGCCGCUUCACGACCGUCCAGGGCUUCCUGGGCCGGUCGCGCCAGCCGACGACCAUGGUGCUGGGCGACGUCGUCGACGCGUACCACGACCUCGCGGCCCUCGAGCGGCUCGCAGUGCGGCUCGCGGGCGGCCCGUUCGACGCGGUCCUCGCGGACUGCGAGGGCGCCUUCGUGGACGUCGUCCGCGACUUCCCCGAGCUGCUGGACCGCGCGUCCUGGGUCUGCGUCGAGUGGGACCAGCCCUCGAACCGGAACUGGGUCGCGGAGGUGCGGCCGGCGCUCCUCCGGGCGGGCCUCGCGCCGCUGGACUGCGGCGACCGGCGCUGCGCGUGCGACGAGCCCCGCUUCGCGCCGUCCUUCAGGGCCCAGGGCGCGCCGACCUUCCACGAGGUCUUCGUGCGGACGGGUCGCUUCGGCUUCUGGACGAUGCUCCGUAAACUGUGCGCGCUGUCCGCGGCCGCGGCCGCCUUCACGACGCCUACGCCUCAGCGGGAGACGACGGUCCUGCGCUCGACGUCGCCAUACCCGACGCCAUACCCGCCGGUCACGGCGAACUACGACUACGCCCGCCUCGAACCGAGCGAGGUGGAGCUCGCGGCGCAGACGGCCGUGGCCGCCCUCCGGUCCAGCGGCCCGAUCGACACGGCGACCGAGGAGACCGCGUGGGAGGCCGCGCGGAUCGCCGCAACGGUCGCGAAGGACAACGUCCAGGCCGAGCAGGCGUUGGCCGGCAUGGAGCAGGACCGCCUCGCCAAGGCCGCCACCGCCAACCCGCACACGCGGGGCCGGGGCAACGAGGCGUUCCGCGACGACCCCGGGCAGGGCGGCGCCUACGCGACGCGCACGGCGCGGCCGCGUGCGGCGGCGCCGCCCGCGCCCGCGUCGCCGCCCGCGGCGCCGCCCUCGGCGCUGCCCGCGGCGCCGCCCAGCGGCGACGUCCACGGCGCCGCGCAGGACCCGUGGGAUUCGCGCUUCGCGGCGACCCGUACUUACGACCGCGCCGACGCCUACGCGCGGUCGGCCGACGGCGUCGAGGACCGGCUCCGGGAGCUCGCGGAGACCGUCGCGAACCUCCCCGCGUCGCUGUCCCGGGACACGACGUCCGACGCCGACGCCUCCGCGCAGCACGCGCCGUCGGCCGACGGCGUCGAGGACCGGCUCCGGGAGCUCGCGGACACCGUCAAGAAUCUCCGCGCGUCGCUGUCCGGGGACACGACGUCGAACGAGCAGCGACGGCGCGACCCGGCGCCCGUCGCGGCCCGAUCCGACGCCGACGAGAUGGCGCGCCGCUUCGAGAGGCUCGAACGCGCCGUGGAGGACGCCGUCGCCCGGCGGCCCGCCCGCGCCGCCGACGACGGCGCGCUCGAGCGGCGCCUCUACGCCGUCGACGCCGCCCUGGACGCCGUCAAGCGCGACGUGGGCGACGCCGUGGGCAAGCAGCGGGACGCGGCCGACGCGUUGGCCAAGAACGUGGACGCGCAGCUGCGCGACGUCCGCCGGUCCGUCGACGACGGCCGCGCCGAGAGCGCGCGCUUGAUGGAAGCGACCAAAUCCAAGCUUUCCGACGAGCUGCGGGACCGUCGCGACGUCCGCGGCGGGCACGCGCAGGACCCGUGGGAUUCGCGCUUCGCGGCGACCCGGAUCUACGACAAUCAUCAUCACCACCAUCAUCCCCGCCCCUACCUCGACGUCCCGUGGGACCCGCGCUUCGACGUGCCCCGGAUCUACGACCACCCCCGCCCCUUCGGCCACUGGGGCCCGCGCUACCGCCCGACGCCCUUCGGCCGCCCCUUCCCCCACGGCGGCCUGCCCGGGCCCCACUACCUCCCGACGCGCCGGGAACAGAUCGUCGCCCGCCGCGGCUGGCGCCCCGGGUGGUCGUACUAA